AUGUCCUUCGCCAGUACAAUUGCACAGCCGGUACUGGAGGUCCCCGUUGCGGAGUUUGUGCGCCGGGGAUACGCGGGCCCCGAAUGUUCUGCAUGCGCGGCAGGCUGGCGGCGAGACGUGCGGGGCGCGUGCGUGGCGUGCGCGUGUCACGCACGGGGCGCGCUGUCCCCGCACUGCGACGCACUCGGCCGCUGUCGGUGCCGGCCGUUCGCGACCGGCCCGAGGUGCGACCAGUGUGUCGCACGACGGACUUUCAUGGACAGCGAUGGCUGUUCACCUUGCGACAACUGCACACAAACACUUCUGGAUUCAGUAGAACAACUGACCACAAAUCUACGUACACAAGCUGACCCCACAGAACUACGAAGAAUACCAAAACCUUUUGCAGCCGUCCGCGAAUUCCACCACAAUGCCACUAUACUCCAAAAUAAAUUGAAUCAGUUCAAAAGUAACAAAGUGCACACGAAAAAUUUAGAAAAUAUACUCAAUGACUUAGAGAGUACUGAACAUAAUUUAUUUACCGAAGCAAACAGUUUAAAAACAGAAGCUUCUAGAAGAGAAAAAGAAGCAGAAUAUCUAAGUUUAGAAAGCAUGAGUGCUCUAGAAGAAGUAUAUAAAGCUAGAAGGAAACUGAGCGUGCAGGUGGAGGCAUUAGACGAGUUUGCACAAGGAGAGAAGCAUUUGAGCGCUCACAGGGCUUUGAAAGAAGCAAGACAUUUGCUUCGGCAGAUCAAAGAGACGAAGCUGGGUGAUUAUGUGACCGGGUCUAAUGACGUAUUUGAUUCGGCACAUGUACAAUCCACAGCCAUUCAGGAAUACAACUACCGUCUCUCUGACUUGACCAGGCGUAUGAACACCCUGCACUCGAGACUUAAUACCUGGGAACAAAAGAGCGCUGACUUGGAAAAAUUGGCUGGAAUUGUGUGGAAGGCUGAUGAUACGGUGACGGCGUUGGAGGAGAUGGUAAAACCAAAGUUAGCAGCUGUCAGAGACAUUGGGCUAAGGUGCCGGCUGAUUUUAGAGGACAUAUCAACUCUGUCGUCCUCCAACAUCACAGACGAGAUACGUUCUCUGCUCCUGCAGUCCCAAACUUUCGCUAUCAAAUUCCCGUCUCUGGCUGCCGAGUUGGCAACCCUGACUCAGGCUGCGGAGGAGAAAGAGGGUAUCCUGUAUAACCUCACGCCUGUCUACAAGCAGAAGUAUCUGGAAGCUGUUGAGAAACACGUAAAAGAGCUGGGAGUCAAAGCAAAGGAAUACAAGCAGCUGUUCGCGGGCACCCGCGCGGCGGCGGCGCUGGGCGUGUCGGCGGCGCAGGCGUGGGCGCAGGUGACGGCGCACGUGGGCGCGGCGGCCGAGCGCGCGGCGGCCGCAGCACGAGCGGCCGCGGCCGCCAGCGCGCUGGUGCGCGGCGCCGUGCCCGUGGCCGACGCGGCCGCCAGGGGGCGGAACACCUCCGACGAACUCCGGAGAAGAGGUGCCGAUGUUCUAGCCAAGGCCGACGAAUUACGGAACCAAUUAGAACAUCUACGUCGUGGAGCUGAUCUAGUUAGCGUAGUACUCCGAGGUCUAGGAUGGCAAGAACGAGAGUUAAGUGGAAGACCCAAGGCCAAUAUCCAGGCAACCCUCACAGCAGCCAAUGAACAAGCUGACAGGGUGUUCGCCAGCACCAGAGUGUUAUAUGACGAGGCGAGUGAACUGAGGAGGCGAGUUCGGUACCAUUUGAGGAGACAGUUGACUGAGCUGCAGAGACAUGGAGAUACGGCGCUUGGAGCUGUUCAAGAACAUGUAUCCCAAAUCCGAGGCAACACAGUCCGCGGCGUGGAGACAGCCGCCGCGCUGGGGGCGGCCGCAGCGGCCCGCGCCGAGCAGCACGAGGCGGGCGCGCGCACGCUCAGCCCCGCGCUCGCCGCGCUCAGGGACAAGGUGCAGCGCGCCAGGCACGCCGCAGACUCCAUAUCAGUAUCGUUAACAUCAGUGCCGGGUGCUAAAGGGGGAUGCGUGCGCGCAUAUUCAGUGACCACGCCCUCUCCUUCUGUCACUAGACUCACCUUAGCAUUGUCUUUCGACAAUGUCGUCAGAGAUGGGCCUCUACUUUACUUACUGGAUGAUUCACAGGAUUCCGAGGCUUAUAUGAAGCUCACAGUAUUGAACAGUAAACUGAACAUAGUUUGGGACCUGGGAGGAGGAGAGGCGGCAAUACUACACCCUGAAGUGUUGCAGCCAACACACGACGAUGCUGACCAUACUUCUUAUAAGAUUGAAAUUGAAAGGGUAUGGAACGUAAUGCACUUACGCGUGGAGCGCGCUGGCAGCACCACCAGCUCAUUAGUCACUAACAGCAGCGCGCCACAUGCCGUGCAGCUGCGCGCCUCACGUCUGUGGCUGGGCGCGCCACCCCCCACUACUUCCACCUCUCCCACUUCUCCCAUAACUGCCGGCUUGCCCGCCUGUGUCCACGCGCUGCAUUCAGACGACACCACCGUGGGGUUAUGGAACUUCGCGCACCAGCCAACCCAUGCGCACUGCACUGGCUGUACUCAAAGAUGGUAUUCCGGACGAGGGGGCGAGCCUUCCAUGGUGUGGUUCAACGGCAACGGGUACGUGGAGCUGAAGAGGUCCCGGGCGCGACCGGCCGACCGUCGCCAGUUCAGCGUGGCCUUCACCUUCCGCACCAGGGACGAGGAUGCUCUUCUCUUCAUGGCACUCGAUACUGCUAAUAACCGAUCUGUAACGGUAAUGUUACGCGAGUGUCGUGUGGUGUUCACGGUGGAGUAUGGUGGUUCGAGAUUGGAGAUCACGGCGGCCGGACGCCACUGUCACGGCAAGCCGGCGCACGUACAAGCCAUCAGAGCCUUCGCCAGUAACAAGCUUGAGAAAGGCAGCCUGCGCGUGAACGGCGAAGAGACGUUAGGCUCUCCCACGCCGCCCAUCCAGGCGGCGGCCGCGCUACCCGACCUGUCCGCCGCGCCCUACUGGCUGGCCGGCGAGCCGCCAGGCCGUAACAGGAUCGGGCCUCCCCCACUGCUGGGCUGCAUGGGUGCCGUCACCGUGGACCGCGCCGGGUACGACCUGCUGGGUGCGCCCGCUAGACAUGGACUCGAGCCACGGUGUGGAGAAAGGACACUUCGAUCAGCAAUCCUAAAAGGAACGGGCUACAUCGAACUACCAUCACCCAUAUUCCGACGUAAAGCCUCACUAGGUCUGUCGUUCCGAGCACGGUCAGCUGAUGGCCUGCUGCUGUACAGGGUGCCGACCUUGGACAAUGAAGUUGAUGACGAUGACGACAAGCAUUAUCUGGCGCUGGCGUUGAUUAGAGGAGAGCUAGUACUAGCAGCAGGGGCAAGUAAAGGUGAUAUGCGCUUGCGCACCAACGGGACCAGGUUCGAUGACGGCAGACUUCACACCGUCAGAGUCAUCAGGAUGCAUAAACAACUAGAACUAUGGGCAGACGAAGAACGCUUAGCAUCAGGCACACUGACCGGGAACGCGUUCCCCGCCAGACCAGACGGCCUCUUUAUUGGUGGAGUGAGGGAUCAGUUUUACGAGAAAGUACCCCUGAACCCCUUCAAGGGUACGAUUGCCGAUGUGAUCGUGGAUGCUCAAUUGAUUGGAUUGGAGACUGCGGUGUCCUGGGAGGGAGCUCAACUCGGCCGAGCGGAUGGUGAACCUAUAAACAACGCCAGAACUGAACCGCACUCCUUGCAGCAACAACCGAGCAACGCGGCUGGUUGUACCAAGACGUCUUCGUAUACGGUGGAGGGAGGCGCGGUGAAGUUUGGUGACACUGCGCACAGCUACGCCACGCUGAAGCUCGGACACUCCAAGCGGAACAAGGAGCUGCAGCUCACGCUACAGUUCCGCACUUACGACACAGACGGGCUGCUUCUGUUGGCGCCGGGUUCGAAAACAAAGCCCAAACAUUACAUGGCGUUGAUGAUAAAGGAUGGCAAGCUACGGUUGGUGGUGCGCGGCCGCAAACGGAAGGAAAUAUCGCUCUCUCCUUUUGUUGCCGACGGAGUUUGGAGAUCUGUGUCGGUGCGCGUGUCCCGCGGGCGCGUGACGCUGUCGAGCGGUGCGGCGGCUGCGCGCGCGCGGGCGGCGGGCGGCGCGCGCGCCCCGCGCCUGUUCGUGGGCGGCGCGCCCGGCCCCGACGCGCACAACGCGCUCCACAACCUGCCCAACUCGAUAAUCAGGAUAGGAGGAUUCCUGGGCUGUAUCCGGCGCGUAAUACUGAACGGUCGCGCUGAAGAUCUAGUGCGAGAUGCGCAGGCGCAUCACGGCGUGGGGCAGUGCUUUCCCAAUGUUGAACAAGCUGCGUACUUUGGCGGCGACGCUUACGCAACAUGGUCGAGCACAUGGUCCAUGGUAGCAGACGGUUCAGAGAGUUCCACAGAGCUAAAGUUAGAGUUUAGAACUAGUGAACCUAACGGCGUGCUUCUUGCUGCGGCCGGUUUGCUUCUGCAAGUCAAGGAUGGGGCGGUGGUGCUGUCCCGCGCGGGCUCGGGCUCGCUGGUGUCCACGCGCGGCGCGGGCGGCGCGGCGUGCGACGGCGCGUGGCACGCGGUGCGCGCGCGGCUGCACCGGCGCGCGCUGGCGCUGCAGCUCGACGCGGGCGAGCUGGUGCGCGGCGAGCCGCCCGCCAGCCUGCUCGACGACCUGCCCGACGCGCCCGCGCCGCCCGCGCACCUCUACGUCGGCGGCCUGCCCGAAGGCGUAAUGGAAUCCACAGAUGGCGGUAAAAAUUUCAACGGCUGCAUUCGUGAAGUGAUCGUUGGAGGUCAGAAGCGGAACUGGACUGACAUGGAAUCGAUACACAAUGUUCUCUUAGAUUCGUGUCCUAUACCGCAAUAA